GUCGGAACUUAUUGACAACUGCGACCGGAAGUGAGAUUGCACGGAAUGGCUGCCGCUGCGACCAUGGCGGCCGCCGCCCGGGAGCUGGUGUUGCGGGCUGGGGCCUCGGAUAUGGAGGAGGAGGAGGGUCCGCUGGGGGUUGGUCCUGGAGGUCUUCAGGAGCCAUUGCAACUUGGGGAGUUGGAUAUCACCUCUGAUGAAUUUAUCCUGGAUGAAGUAGACAUUCAUAUUCAGGCAAAUCUGGAGGAUGAAUUAGUAAAGGAAGCCCUGAAAACAGGUGUGGAUCUCCGUCACUAUUCAAAGCAAGUUGAGUUGGAUCUACAGCAGAUUGAACAGAAAUCCAUCCGGGAUUAUAUUCAAGAGAGUGAGAACAUAGCAUCUCUGCACAACCAGAUUACAGCCUGUGAUGCUGUCCUUGAGCGUAUGGAGCAGAUGCUGGGAGCUUUUCAGAGUGACCUAAGCUCCAUAAGCUCGGAGAUCCGGACACUGCAGGAACAGUCCGGAGCCAUGAACAUUCGCCUUCGAAACCGCCAGGCAGUUCGUGGGAAACUUGGGGAGCUGGUUGACGGCCUGGUGGUGCCCUCUGCUCUGGUCACGGCAAUUCUGGAGGCGCCAGUGACUGAACCAAGGUUCCUGGAGCAGCUACAGGAGCUGGACGCCAAGUCAGCGGCUGUGCGUGAACAGGAAGCUCGAGGCACAGCGGCCUGUGCGGAUGUCCGAGGCGUGCUUGACCGGCUCCGGGUGAAGGCAGUGACGAAGAUCCGGGAGUUCAUCCUUCAGAAGAUCUAUUCCUUCCGAAAACCCAUGACCAACUAUCAGAUUCCCCAGACGGCCCUGCUGAAGUACAGGUUCUUUUAUCAGUUUCUGCUGGGCAAUGAGCGAGCCACGGCCAAAGAGAUUAAGGAUGAAUACGUGGAGACGCUGAGCAAGAUCUACUUCUCUUACUACCGCUCUUACCUGGGGCGGCUCAUGAAGGUCCAGUAUGAGGAAGUUGCCGAGAAGGAUGACCUCAUGGGUGUGGAAGAUACUGCCAAGAAAGGAUUCUUCUCGAAGCCCUCCCUCCGCAGCAGGAACACCAUCUUCACCCUGGGCACCCGGGGCUCGGUCAUCUCUCCCACCGAACUGGAAGCGCCCAUCCUGGUGCCCCACACUGCCCAGCGCGGAGAGCAGCGGUAUCCAUUUGAGGCCCUGUUCCGCAGCCAGCACUACGCCCUUCUAGACAACUCCUGCCGCGAGUAUCUUUUCAUCUGUGAAUUCUUCAUGGUGUCUGGCCCAGCCGCACAUGACCUCUUCCAUGCAGUCAUGGGCCGGACGCUCACUAUGACCCUGAAACACCUGGAGUCCUACCUUACCGACUGCUACGAUGCCAUUGCAGUGUUUCUCUGCAUCCACAUUGUCCUUCGGUUCCGCAACAUUGCCGCCAAGAGGGACGUGCCUGCCCUGGACAGGUACUGGGAGCAGGUACUUGCCUUGCUGUGGCCACGAUUUGAGCUGAUCCUGGAGAUGAAUGUCCAGAGCGUCCGCAGCACUGACCCUCAGCGCCUUGGAGGGCUGGACACCCGGCCCCACUAUAUCACACGCCGGUAUGCAGAGUUCUCCUCUGCUCUCGUCAGCAUCAACCAGACAAUUCCCAACGAACGGACCAUGCAGCUGCUGGGACAGCUGCAGGUGGAGGUGGAGAAUUUUGUCCUCCGAGUGGCAGCUGAGUUCUCCUCCAGAAAGGAGCAGCUGGUGUUUCUGAUCAAUAACUACGACAUGAUGCUGGGUGUACUUAUGGAGCGAGCUGCAGAUGACAGCAAAGAGGUGGAGAGUUUUCAGCAGCUGCUUAAUGCACGGACCCAGGAAUUCAUCGAAGAGUUGCUCUCGCCCCCUUUUGGGGGUCUAGUGGCAUUUGUGAAGGAGGCUGAGGCUUUGAUUGAGCGUGGACAGGCUGAGCGGCUUCGAGGGGAAGAAGCCCGGGUUACCCAGCUGAUCCGGGGCUUUGGCAGUUCCUGGAAGUCAUCAGUGGAGUCUCUGAGCCAGGAUGUAAUGCGGAGUUUCACCAACUUCAGAAAUGGGACCAGCAUCAUCCAGGGAGCCCUGACCCAGCUGAUCCAGCUCUACCAUCGCUUCCACCGGGUCCUGUCCCAGCCCCAGCUCCGCACCCUCCCUGCCCGGGCUGAGCUCAUCAACAUUCAUCACCUCAUGGUGGAACUCAAGAAGCACAAGCCCAACUUCUGAUGUGCAGGUCCUGGAACCAUAGUCUCCUCCACGAACAUCCGUCCCUUGAGGUCCCCUUCCAGGUCUCCCCUUGCCUCCCAGGUCCUUGACGUGCCUCAGUCUACAUUCAUCCCCAGGACAGUCCUUCAGCGGAGAAGCUGGAUCCCCUUGACUUUCUGGGUCUCCCAGUGUCUUCAAGUGUUGCCAGAUCACUUCUCCCUGGACUCUCAAAAUGACCUUUCUCAUUUUCCCUAUUUUGUCACCUCUCCUUCUGUCCAGCCCUCACUCCUCCAAGGUUCUUGUCCUCACCUCCAACAAAUUUGCUGCCUCAGUCUAUGGUCCCUCGACUCUGAUCACCAUGAUCUAUGGUGUGUAAAGCCCCAGCUCCAAGAGAUUAGUGGUGAGGGAGUCUGCCUGCCUGGGAGCUCUUGAUACCCCCUUAAGCCCCCUGAUCAAAGUUUCUGUAGCUUUUUACCUCAGAUCUCAGCAACUCAAACCACUCCCAUACUAGUGUGACUUCUUCCAAGGUCAGUCUGCAGAAAACAAUAAAUAUUUAAUAUGA